UGUGACACAGGGUUCAGGGAACUGAAGGCUGGUUUGGGAAUGUGAGCCACCUUGGACUUGUUACUGUUUCAGAGAAAAGAAAAGGCUUCUUCCCCUCCACCCCACCCCCAACCCUUUUGCUGACUCCUGGCAGGAAAGUUGAAAUCUAAGGCGAGUGAGGGAGAGGGAGGUAGCAUCUGGAAGACAUGGGGGUGUAGAAAUCAGGAAGUCAUAAGGGCCCUGGGUCUUUGUUCUCACUUAGUUUGUGCCUCUGUAGCUUUGUUGCAUCUGUAUACACUUCUAACCAGAACAUGGGCUGACUUGACUGGGAGAUACCAGAAGACUGAGGCAGACAGGGUAAGUGAUGCACCCUUCCCUCUUCUCCCUCCAACAGGGUCAGACAGAAGAGGGCCUCUGGCUGGGCAGGUGAAGGGUGGAGGUCCAGCCACAGGAGUAAUAGAGAAAAGGGCAGGGCCUGCCCCAUCACCUGGAUUCCAGAAAUGCCGGUGUACAAUGGAAGCCAUAGGCAGGAUGGCCCUCACUGGAUCCUGUGUGCUAUAGAGAGAAACUAGAAGAGAGACUGCAGGGAGAAAGAAUAAGGAAGGCAGGCAGAAUGACAUAUAGUAAACUCAUAUGAGAGCUGGGAGUCAGAACUCCUGGACUGGUUUCCUUGGCUUUUUCAAAAUACAGUGAAAACCUAGAGAGAAUUGUGGAGCUGGAAGAGACCCUGCAGGUCAUUUAUUUGAUUUGAGGUUGAAGAACCUGGAACCCAAACAGAGGAGUAUAAUAUGCUGAUUUUGGUUUCUGGCAUAGCUGUGAUGCCAAGUGCAAAUUUACACACAACAACUGUGUGUCUUUUUGCAGGUGCCCUGGGAGGGGCCAUGGUGCCAAGCCAGUUAUGGGGGAGACUGAAGAAGCCACUUCUCUUCCUAAGCAGUGCCUCCCUUUUCCUUGGGCUGGUUUUACUGGGUGUAUGGCCGCAAGUUGCCCCUGGCGCAUAUUUCUUUCUGACCUUGGCUGGCGUCUUCCUGUUUGCCUGCCUUCUGGCCUGUUCUCUGGAACGGGGGUUCCGAUCAAUGCAGACAGAGAACCCAGGGGCCUCAGACAAUGCACGGGACAAUGAAGGUUUUGAGGUGCCAACUUAUGAAGAGGCUGUAGAGGUAAUGGAAUCACAGUGCCAACCCCAAGAGUUGGAUCAACCACCCCCUUACAGUAGUGUUGUAAUCAUCCCAGAACUUGAUGGGGGACAGCCCAGUCAACCAGAAAGGCUUGGGAUAAGCAGACUGGAAAGGCGAGUGGGCUCAGAGGGAACUAUAACUCUGGAAGGAAAUCCUGGAAACACUCUAAUCGGUCUUCAGCUGCGAGUACCACGGGUUGUGUCCACUGCUCCUGAUCUGCAAAACUUGAGAGGGCUCCCCAAAUUGGAGCCUCUUACUCCACCCCCUACCUAUGAUGUCUGCUUUGCUCACCCUGAUGAUGAUAAUGUUUUCCAUGAAAACAACUGGACAAUGCCCUAAAGUGAUU